AUGUCGAUCCUCUCCCAGCGCAGGAAACCCUCAGCCUCAUCACAGGAACACUGUCCCGACCUGACGUCCAACGGCCUCGAGUACCCUGGCACCGUUGCCCCUGACGAUGCGGCGCUCAACAUCCUCUACACGGUGGGCAAGUUGGAUCCAGUCACCGACGAGACUGCCAAAGUGUUUAUAGGAAUUUACCCCGUGGGGAGGUUGUCGCCGGUCAAUACGACUGAUCUCGAGCAAUGGUUUUCCGAGAUUUUGGAAGCGAGGAUUACCGCUCCGUUCACUAUUUCGACAUCGUACAAGACGUUUAGUUUCAAAGCGGGCGACCGCGUGCAGCUGCAGGAGCAACUCAUGCCCAUCAACGACGCAGAACGCUACCCGCUCGACGACCACUCCCUCACCGAUAGCAUUACGGCCACCUGGAUCGACCCCGCGACAAACACCUCCGCCGUCCUCCCCGUCACCGUCAUCGACAAUUCAAUGCAACAAGGCUGGACCUUCCUCCUUGAUCCGUCCGACUCAACCACCAUCUCCUCAAUCCUCGACGAAAACAACAAAAACACCAACCUCCCCCUCGUCCCACAACCUGCGUGGAAUUACGCCGUCACCGCCCACCGCAGCACAACCACAAAAGUUAUCUCGUUCGGAAUCAUCGCCCUCAUGUGGACACUCUCUCUCACCUACUUCAUCGUCGGCGUCCUCGUCGUCUCCGCCGAUCGCAAGGUAGCUCUCACCGUCGCGGCCCUCGGCGCAAUCCUCAUGUUUGGCAUGAACGCGCUGAGAAGCGUGCAGCCAGGGGUGCCCUUGACCGGAUGUAUUGCAGACACGUUUGGGUAUAUGUGGAAUAUGAGUAUUCUGGCUGUGUGUUGUGUUCUGGCCGUUGGGCACUACUUGGUCAGAGUCAAUCGCCUGCCGAGGGUGCCGGCAGCCGUGGAGGAACAUAAGGUGUGA